AUGGACACCAACGGCCACUUUCCGGCCCGCGCAUACGAGGAUGAGAUUGUUGUCGAUACCCAAUCCAACGGUUUUCAUUCGUCUCCCGUCCGUGUCGCGUCUGACCAUGAGGACCUGUCUAUGGAUGACGCCCGGGACCGGUCCCCAGACCUGUACCUCAAGCGGAAACGAUCGUCUAUCUACAACGAUACCGCCGACGACAGCAGAGACCGCAGUCCCCCAUCGCACGAAACCACGCACUUUGAAGCGUGGCGCCGGACGCCCAAGACAACACAGCCAGCAGCACCUCAAGCGCCGACGACAAACGCCAAAUCCAUUGCCCUCGGCUAUUGGCGCGACUCCAGUGUGCCUGACGUGUCCGAGCGCCAUGCAGUCGUUGGUUUCAUUGACACGCGCGACCGGCUGCGCACCCGGGUCAUCCAGUUCACCCGUAUCGGUCAGCCUAUCUCAUCCGAGUACCCCCUCCCACCGGGCCCCGGUGGCAGCUGGGUGACAUUCGAGCGCGUCGUCUUCGAGAAGCACCUGAUCGGCCUUGACCACAAUCAGGUCAAGGAGUAUGUCAAAAUUCGCACCGAUGCGCUUAGCGUGCCUGAGACACCCGAGGAGAGUGAUCUGGCCGAAAAGGCCGCUGUCAAGGAAGCGAUGCGUCGCGCGGCCAUGCACCCAAUUCCUGACAACCAGCCACCCGCCCAGAUUGCAUACGGCGUUGAUCUACCAGAUUAUGUCGUCAACGCGAACCGUCCGGAUAAGAAGCGGCGUAUGGGCAGCCACUACGGUGUUUCCUUGCCAUCCAUGGACCCGGGCCCAAGCGCGCUCGACGCCCCGUUGCCCUCCAACGGCCACCUGGCGCAAAUCGGGUCGGCCUCCGUGGCGUCCGCCAUCCAGAGGUCUGCCAUUGACCUUCUGCCUGGCACACGGCCCACCAAGAUUCUGUUGGGCUACUGGCGCGGCUCGAGCGAGGAGAAAGUCGAAGACAAGCACGCUGUCUUUGGCAUCCUCGGUGCCAACGACAUGUUCCGUGUCAAAGUGACGCGCGAGACGCGCGACGGCCGACCGGUUCUCGGCAACUUUCCACAGGGCGCCGGCGCUCUGUGGAUCCAUUACGACGAGGUCGAGUUCGAAAAUCACAUCCGGCAUCUGUCCCGCCCCGAGGUUAAGGAAUACGUCCGUGUGCGUCAGCGUCAGAUCGACGAAGGCGAGAAGCCUAGUGAGCGCACCGCCAACGAGGCAAAUGCCGUGUACGAUGCCCAGGCCCGUGUUAUCAACGCAGGCGGUGCUGCGCAAAGCACCCUGGGCACCUCUGGCCGACUUGAUACUAUCAGUUUUGCCACUGCGGCCAACCUUAAUCGGGAAGCGGGUCGCAUUGUUGACCGUCACGAGCUCGCCAGGACUGGUGGUGACCUUACUUUGGACAAGAACGGCGUGGUGCCGUCCUCCUAUCCAGAUGGCGUCCUGGACGGCCGUGCCCGACGCGAGAGUUCGGGUCCGGAGCUGCGCCAGAGCCGCCGCUCCACCCUUGACAUCCGCGAGCCAGCGGUCCCGGCGUCGAUUUCCGCUGCGCCUGGUGGCGUUGGGUCGGCCAACCCGCUUGCACCCCGUGGCGGUCGGCACUCUCUUCCCGCUGGGCCCGGCCUGUCAGCGAACCGGCCUCAGCUUGUUGGUGAUAAUACCGAUCGCGUGGAGCGCACUAACAGUCUCGCCCGUCGUGAGAUCACGCGUAUGGAGAGCAUCCAGCAGCGCAACGAGCAACGGGCCGGCAGCCACCACAACGGUAUUCAGGCAGCGACGAACGGUGGCGGUAGUGCAGGUGGUGGUAGCAGCGCCGACGAAAGCGGCGGUAAGAGCAGUCGCCAGGCCUUCGACGAGAACAUCGGCCGCCUUAACAAGGUCUGGGCGUCGCAGGAGGCGUCGCGGCUGCGCAGCACCGGCAACGAAGACACCAAGAUCUACAUGGGCGUCAAGUAUGAGCGCAAACCGACGGGUCCCUUUAAGGGCAAGCUGGUGAGCCCCGGCACGAUUCUGUCGAUUGACGGCGAAGACUAUGUUGAAUACCGCGUUCUCACGAAGCCGACCUUUUUCUAA